UUAUUCCGGAAAAAAAUAAACGUGCAUAAAAGCAUGGACGUCGUAAUGUCUUUUUUCCUGAAAUCUUCAAAAUAGAUCGAUAAUAUUUUUCUCGAGUACCUUACUAAUGCUUUACAUAGUUCCUGUUUUAUUCGCUAUUUAAGUAUUAAAGAUAUUUGUGUUGUAAUUUCACUUAUGAUUCUACACUAUUGUAGUAAGUAAGUGUAGAAUUGAGAAUAUUCAGGUUAAUUUUAUCAGGCUGUGAAAUAUUGUGAAAGUGCACAUAGAAUUCUAGACUUAAACGUACAUAGAAUGAUCAUAAAAUGAAGUGUCAUUACGAAGUAUUGUGUGUGGAGAAAGAAGCAAGUGCCACCGAUAUAAAGAAAGCUUACCGCCGGCUCGCUUUGCAAUGGCAUCCGGAUAAAAACUUGGAGAAUUUACAAGAGGCCAAAGAACAGUUCCAACUCGUGCAAAAUGCAUACGAGGUUCUAUCAGACCCUCAAGAAAGAGCUUGGUAUGACAAUCACAGGGAGCAGCUACUGCGAGGGGCCCGCAGCAGCUACAAUGAUGACAGUCUGGAUGUGUAUCCAUACUUCACACCAUCUUGCUACAAAGGAUUUGGUGAUGAUCCUCAGGGAUUUUACGGAGUGUAUGCUGAGGUAUUUUCCAAAUUAGCAGCAGAAGAAACAGAUUUUCUCGAUGACCCAGAAGAAGUGGCCAAUAUUCCUAAGUUUGGCAAGUCUACUUCACCAUAUGAGGAAGUUAAUGGGUUCUAUUCCUAUUGGAUGUCCUUCUCCACAAAUAAAAGCUAUGUAUGGCUAGAUCAGUAUGAAAUACAGCAAGGAGACAAUCGCAGAGUGAUUAAACUAAUGGAGAAGGAAAACAACAAAAUCAGGCAGAAGGCUCGCAAGGAAAGGAAUGAGGAGAUUAGAAGGCUAGUCAGUUUUGUGCGGAGGAAGGACAAAAGAGUUAUUGAACACACAAAGCAACUGCAGGAGAAGGCAGAAGAAAAUAAAAGGAAGGCAGAACAACUUAGAAGGGAAAGAAUAUUGCAAAGGCAAAAAGAAAUUGAAGAAGCCAAGAAACGCGAGGGUGAGAGUUCGUUCCUGCAGAGUGAGGAGUACCAAAUGAAACUCAGUGCAAUUGAAUCACUGUUGGCUGAAGAGUUUGGCUUGUCCUCUGAUGAUGACACUAUAAGUGAGGGUGGCAUGGAGAGCAGUAAUGAAGAAAGUUCUAAAACUGAAGAGGCAAGUGAAGCUUCAAAAGCAACAGCAAAGUCACCAUCUAGAUCAAAAACAAUAAAAAAUCUGUAUUGUUCAGCUUGCAAUAAAUUAUUCAAAAAUAUCAAUUCAUUUGAAAAUCAUGAAAACAGCAAGAAGCAUAAAGAAAAUGUUGCUAACAUGGCUCUUGAUGAUGACAUUGAUAUAACAGACAAUGAUGAGGAGGAUAAUGAGGAACAAGAUGAAUCUGCUGUGAAAAAAGAGGCUGGAGCAACAGGGAAAGUGAAUGGUUUGACUGAAGAAGAGGGAGAUCCACAAGGCAACUCCACUUCUGAUAUUGAGGACAAUGAUAUUAGAGAGACAUUAAGUGAUGACUCAGAUAAAGUUCAGGCAUUGCCAAAAAGUCAUAAGAAGAAAAAGAAUAAAAAGAAGUCAUUCAUACCAAUGCCAGAGAGUGAGGGCAAUGACAGUCAUGAUGAAAUGAGUUUCAAUGAAAUUGAAGGUCCAUCACGCAGCAGAAAAGCUAAGAAAUUCAAUAUGUUGAAGAGCCAAAUACAAGCUAAAAAGGAAGCCAAUCUCAAAAAAGGAUCUCAGUCCCAAACUUCGACAGAAAAUUUGUAUGAAGUUUCAAGUACAACACCAACGGACGACGCCUUGGGGGAAGCAGCUUUGCCACGCGACAGGCCAGCCUUGUCUAAAAUGCAGAGGAAUGUAAAGUCAAAGAAGCCUGUAGAAAGAAAACCAAUGCGAAAUAAAACCAGUGAGACAGAAGACUCCAGCACAGCUCCAAACCUCAAAUGCGCAGUCUGCCAAACGGAUUUCCCUUCUAAGAACAAAUUAUUUGAACAUUUAAAAAAGACAGGGCACUCGGUGGCUCUACCUCAAACAACCUUUGCUCAAUCAAAGAAAGGCAAAAGGGCUAAUAGGUAAACGUACAUUGAAUUUAGAUAGGAAUUAAAGUAUUAAUAUUGACAAUCAAAUGGAUUCCCUUCUAAACUCUACAAGUUGUAAAGUGAUUUUAUCUAUUUAUUGAAAUUAUGAUCUAUGUCAUUAAAGUAUGCCUAUGCGAAAA